AUGAGCAUUCCAACCACCUCCUCGGGCAUUCCAAGAUUAGCCUUUGGCUGCGGUACUUAUUAUUACAAGUACGGCAACGACACCGUUAACCAGCAAUUGGUCGAUAUCACCAAAACGGCAUUGAGCAAAGGCCUCAGGCACAUCGAUGCUGCAGAGUGCUACAAUGUAGACAAAGAAUUGGCCAAAGCUUUUGCAGAAUCUGGUCUUUCGAAAGCAGAUUACUUUGUCACUGACAAGUAUUUCGCGGGAGCCGGGGAUUACUCUGUUCGGUCUAAGGAAGCCAACCCAUACUUGCACCUGAAGGCCUUUUUGGAGAGAGUCAACAUUCCGUACGCUGAUUUGUAUCUUCUACAUUCCCCCUUCAUCAAGAAAGAAACCCAUGGUUUUACAUUGGUGGAAGCUUGGAAGUACAUGGAGCAGUGUAAAAAGGAGGGGCUGGCUAAGAGAAUCGGUAUUUCCAACUUCACUGUCGAUGACAUUGAAGAGAUUCUGAAAGAGGCUUCAGUCAAGCCGGAGGUUCACCAGAUUGAGUACAAUGCGUUCCUGCAAAACCAAACCCCGGGUAUUGUGGACUUUUGCAAGAAGCACGGCAUUGAGCUCGAGGCGUACUCUCCUUUGGGUCCAUUGACCAAGGGUGACAAAACCACUGAGAUUGGAAAGAAGUUUGACGAUUACCUGAGCUCGUUGGAGAAAAAAUACGGCAAGACCAAGACCCAGAUUCUGCUGAGAUGGGUGGACCAAAAAGGAAUUAUUCCGAUCACGACCACCUCCAAGGAGAGUAGAUUGGACGAGUUUCUAGACGUGUUCUCUUUUGAACUGGCUCCAGAAGAGGUCAAGACUAUUACUGAGAUUGGUGCCCAAUACAAGCCUCCUCUCAGACAGUACUGGAUCCCAGAAUUUGGUAAAUAUGAUCAGUGA